AUGGUGGUGGUGGCAGCUGAUGCGGCGGUGGAGGGUGGCACGGCGGCGGUGAGGGCUGUUCGGAGGCAGGGGGUUUGGAAAGGUAAUGGGGGAGGGGUUAAGGGGGAAGGAAGGGAAGGGGGGUGUGGGUGGUGGUGGGUGGUGCGGCUGGGACGGAGCGGCGGCGGUGGGUGUGGCGGUCGCGGAGGGGGGCAGUGGUGGUGGAGGGAAGAGGAAGAAAGAAGAAGAAGAAGAAAGAGGGGGAAGGGGGGUGGCGUGGCGGUGGGUUCUGGGUGGUCGACGGGGGCGGCGGUGGUUGGUGGUGGUGGCUGGAAGUUGGUGGGGGCUCUGAUACUAGAUGGCCCAAAACAGAUUAGGAGGGAAAGGGGAAGAAGGCGUAACAAAAGAUAA